GAGGUGGGAAAGUGUGGAACAUUAUAAAAGCUCUCGAGCUGGUAGAAAAGUACCACCAAAUAUUGAUCCAGACUUUCUAAACACAUGUAUGUCUGAUUCCCAUCUUACAGAGGAACUGCAAUCACUGAUGGAGAGCCCGGCUACCGAGAGUGCUUCAGAUGUGAAGAAGCAGCAGGUGGAGAAGGAUGAACGCCCCCGGCCAGAGGGGUGCUGUGGGCUACAGAAGGCCAAGAAGAGGCUCUUUAGAUGGGUCUCCUACUUCUCCGGCGACAUGAAGGUGUUUGGCGAAUGGAUGAAAGGGCGGUUUCUCCUGAUACAGAUCCUGGACUGGGUGCUGCGUGGAGCUGCUCAGGUCAUGUUUGUAAACAACCCCCUCAGUGGGCUCAUCAUCUUCGGGGGUCUGAUCCUGCAGAACCGCUGGUGGGCACUCAACGGUUUCGUGGGCACCCUGUUCGCCACGAUCUCUGCCCUCAUUCUCAGGCAAAACAGAGGUGCCAUCGCAGCUGGUCUGUAUGGCUACAAUGGAAUCCUGGUUGGUCUUCUUAUGGCAGUGUUCUCCAAUAAGGGUGACUGGUAUUGGUGGCUUCUACUUCCAAAUAUUUUCAUGUCAAUGGCAUGCCCAAUCGUUUCUAGCGCCCUGGCUUCCAUAAACAGCAGAUGGGAUCUGCCUGUGUUUACCCUGCCCUUCAACAUCCUGGUCUGCUUGCACAUGGUGGCGACUGGCCACUACAAUCAUCAUUUCCCACAAGUCCUCAUUCAACCCAGAACCUCGCUUCCCAAUAUCACCUGGUCUGACGUGGAUGUGGCCAAGCUCUUUCGUGCAAUACCUGUGGGCAUCGGACAGGUGUACGGAUGUGACAAUCCCUGGACAGGAGGGAUCUUCAUCAUCUCCUUGUUCAUUUCCUCACCAAUCACCUGCUUGCACGCUGUCAUUGGAUCAGCGGUUGGCAUGGUUUCUGGUCUUGCCCUAGCCGCGCCGUUUGAAGCCAUCUACUUUGGUUUAUGGGGGUAUAACUGCGUUCUGGCCUGCAUCGCAGUUGGAGGCAUGUUCUAUGCACUGACGUGGCAGACGCACCUGCUUGCCAUUGCUUGUGCCUUUUUCUGUGCAUACCUGGGUUCGGCCAUUGCCAAUGUCAUGUCUACGUUUGGAUUGCCAGCAUGCACCUGGCCCUUCUGCCUCUCGGCCCUGACCUUCCUACUGAUCACCACGGAAACUAAGACCAUAUUCAAACUGCCGCUCGCCAAGGUGACGUACCCCGAGAAGAACCUGCGCUACUUCUGGAAGAUGAAGAAGGCUCAGAAGGCCGAGAAGGAUGCGGAGCUGAAGGAAAAGGAGGUGCAGCUGAGCAAGAAGGAGCAGGAGGAGGCCUCCAAAAUCGAGUUUGUCAAAAUGGGGGAGGCAGACCAAAACCAAGCAGACCAAACCCAAGCAGACCAAAACCAAGCAGACCAACACCAAGCAGACCAAAACCAAGCAGACCAAAAUCUGGCAGACAACAUGGAAAAAUCUGUGGUGGUUGAUCUGGCAAACUGCACGAACACUGAGGCCUCGGGGCAAACUCAUGAUGGCUUAACAGAGGUGAAAAUUUUGAACAAUGCCGACUGAAUAAUGAACUUGGGAGGAUAGUUCAUGCAUAAAAUCUGUUUUAAUAUUACUGUUUUCAUAUUAAUGAAUACUUUUACAGUGUCAGUGUCCUUUUUCAACUUGCAUUAGUGCUUCAUUAUAAGUGGCUUACAGCUAAGUUAUUUGUGAAAAAGUACAGCACAAUGUGGCUAAACUGUACAGAUUAUUACCACAGAAAACAAUGCCAGUGGUACCAUUAACCGUACAAAAACCAAAAAAAAAAGAGUAAAUUGAAUGUUGAAUGUUGUGUAUGUUGAAGAGUAAAUUAUGUGUACAUAUACAUUUGUAACAUACGAGCAUAUACAUGAUGUCUGCUUGGAAUGUAUGAGGUUAUUGUGUUCAGAUGUUCUUUAUGGUGUUGUAUAACUCUUGGCUCAAGCCAUCAGCUUUUUAAUAAAUAUUGUCCUGUUUGUAAUCUCAGUAAAACAUAAAUGGUGCAUUUCUAAUGUGACAA